AUGGAUGGUCAAGAAAAGAUCUGCAAGGCGAGAGACCCAGGCUUCGUUUCCAACCCAUACGAUUGGGAGCCCAGACAAACUGCUGGCCUAGAAGGUUAUCCUAAGCUUAGAUUUCCCAAUGCAGCUGCCACAAAGCCGAGUUUUCCUGAUCGGUGUGGCCCAUCUGGUAUACGAAAGGAACAAACCCAAGGUCGCCAUGUGGCAUACUAUGCGUCAUUCGAAUUGACAUUUAUGCAAAAACCUUGUGUCAGCAUCAUCAGUUUAAGUGCAAAGGAAAUUGUGGCAGCAAUUUUUAGUUUAAACCGUGGAGAGCAUCAUGAGGAAAUAACAUUUUCCUUGCUUAAAUUUGACCUUCUUUUGAUAAUUGAAGGUACUAUCAGAGCUGGAGGUAUUCUGUCUGUGAUGACUGUAGAAUGCGCAUACGUGUACAUGGACAUCCAUUAUAUGCCCGGCCCAACAGCCGCACAAAGUGUUGUUUGCUUUGUACCGAGAGUGAUCGAGGACUUAGCUCCCGCCGAGGUAAAGCUACCAACAUCCUUUGAAAAGCACAAGUACCUGGGCACAAAGACAUCUACUUGUUUAUUCGUGGAAGAGGUGAAGUCGAUAUGGCCUGCCGGGAAAACUUUUUUCCACAUCGCCGCCAAGUAG